AUGCCUAUGGAACCAAUAGAUGACGGAGUUUAUGCGGUUGAAUCACUGCUUGCCGACCGUCGUCGAAAGGGUAAAGUGGAAUACUUAGUGAAGUGGAAAGGAUGGUCUGCAAAACAUAAUACAUGGGAACCACGUGAGAAUAUAUAUGAUAAUAGGCUAUUCGAGGAAUAUAUGGCACAUAAAAAGAAAUUACGUGAACGAAAAAGGUCGUCAACAAUAUCAUUGACUAAGAAAAUGCCUAAAAGAUCAAAACGUCUAGCACAAGCAGCACAGGCAAGAGCAGAAGAAUUAAAAGAUGAAGAAGAAGAUGAUGAUGAUUUUGACAAUAGUGAUAUCGAAGCAGAUGAGGAUAGUUCUAUAUUACGACUUUCUUCUCGAUCAAGGCAACAACAGCAAAUGUCACGUGCAGUACAAAAACGUGGAAGAGCAAGUACAUCAUCGUCGAAAUCAAUAACAAUUUCUAAGAAAUCAAAUUUGUCUAAUGCAGAUACUUCAAAAUUAUUGGAUAAUGUAGCCACUGUUAUUGAUAAUCCUACUGAAACCGAAAGUAAAUCUGUUGAGCUGAAAACAUCUGAGGAAAAUGAAUCGCUUAUAGUCGGAGAAAAUGUUACCAAUAGUAAAGAAACAUAUGUUGCCAUUAAUACUCAGUCUAGCGCUGGCUACAAUGAGAAUGGCACCGAAAGAAUUCUUGAAUCUUUUAGCAAAGAUCACGGAAAUUUGAAUAAGGAACCAGAAAAUGAACCAAAAGGACGCGUUGUACCAUCAAAUUCUUCGUGUAAUUUUUCAUCAUUGAAUUCAGCGGAUACAUUACCUCAUCCUUCUAACAGUUGCCAGCCAGUACAAUCAACUAUUAAUUCGUCGAAAAUGGCUAUAGCUUACGACAACAACAAAGCAUCGUCGUCCUCACAAAUUCCGCCGAAAGUGUUUUACGGCCAUAUGACGACGAUCCAGAUUGCAAAUCCGUCGUCUUGUCCAGGUGAAUUUUUGGUGAAUUCCACAGAUCAACCUGUUCAUAUCAAUGCUUUCGUUGUCGGUGAGGCAGGUGCUCCUGAAAGUACCGAGAAAUUAAUGGUUUGUGAAUAUGAGCGUGAAAAGGAGAAAGAAGCAAUAAAGAAUAUCAAAGACGAAAUUGUAAAUGAAACGCAAAAUUUAACGGAACAAGAUAAUCAAAGGAAUGUUCAAAAUGAUUUGCCAUUUCACUACAAUGAUUCAGUUUCAGUCACUUAUGUAACAUAUAAUGGAGUUACACUGCCCGUAAUUGAACGAGGACCGAAAAGACAUUGA